AUGGCAUCUUCGGAGCCGCGCUGGCCACCUCCUCAGCGCCACGCGAGCGCCUUCUCUUUCUGGCGCUCCCCUGGCAUCCUGUUGGUGGCCCUAGGGCUCCUACUGCCCAUGUGCUCUGAUGCCUGUGAUGAUCCAAUGAGAUUUGAAACCAUGAUGUUAAACGGUCCUCCUAAAGCAUCUUAUGGUCCUGGGGACAGAGUCGAAUUUAAGUGUCGUUUAGGAUACAAGCGUAUUGUCCCUUUAGUCCCCACCACUGCAGUUUGUCAGCCUGAUAACACAUGGGCACCUCCUCUCCAGGAGGCUUGUACAGAAAAGACAUGUCCGCAGCUAGGAGAGCCCCUCAAUGGCGAAGUAGUUUAUGUAAACGGAACUACCACAUUUGGUUCUCAAGCUCACUAUGUUUGUAAUGCGGGUUAUUACUUACUUGGAACAAAAAAUCUAUAUUGUGAAAUUUCUGGAAAUAAUGUGGAAUGGAGUGAUAGUCCCCCACAGUGUGAAAAGAUUUUGUGUCAACCACCUCAACAAAUACCAAAUGGAGAAUUCAGCAAUAGCCACAAGGAUACAUUUGAAUAUAAUGAAGUAGUCACUUACAGUUGUAAACCUUCAAAUGGGCCAGAUGAAUAUUCCCUUGUUGGAGAGAGCAGGCUUGUUUGUUCUGGGCGAAACCAAUGGAGCAGUGACCCUCCUGAGUGUAAAGUGGUCAAAUGUCAAUAUCCAGUACUCGAGAAUGGGAGAGUCAUUUCUGGACUUAGGAAAAAAUAUUACUACAAAUCUGAGGUUACAGUUGAGUGCCUGGAGGGAUUUCACCUUAAAGGCAGCAAGGCAGUUGUCUGUGGAGUGAACAAUAAUUGGGAGCCCAAGAUGCCAGAAUGUAUUAAAGAGCAUUCCACUCAAACUAGUAAACCACCAUCUAAAGGCAAUAAGGAAUACGGUUUCCUACCGAUCCCUUGGGAAAUGAUGGCAUCUUCGGAGCCGCGCUGGCCACCUCCUCAGCGCCACGCGAGCGCCUUCUCUUUCUGGCGCUCCCCUGGCAUCCUGUUGGUGGCCCUAGGGCUCCUACUGCCCAUGUGCUCUGGUAGGGACGGGAAAGGUGAGAGCUCUGGAGGCAAUGGAGAGAGUCGGGGAGCGGGCCCACCGGAGCCGAGGGCGGGAGAGGUUUGCUUUGUGGGUCGGGUAGGAAGCACGGGCUUGGCGGAGCAGGGUGGUGCAGGUGGAGUCCGGCUUAGGAUGGCCUUUCAGUGGUACCGAAAAGCUACUGCAGGGACCGCGGAGGGCUAG